AUUGCUAUGGUGUAUCACAAAUAUGUGUAGUAACAUUAUCUCUACAGUAGCAUUUAUGUGCCUAUUGCCUAAUUUCGCACUUUUUCAAGAAAACUUGACAAGGAUAAAAUGCCUUGACGAAUUUACUAAUACAACAUCAGGCACGGCAUAUUGGAAGUAUAAAGGCAUUCCUUACGCAAUAUCUGAAGAUCUGCUGUGCCUUAAGUCUAACCAUCAAAUUUUAAUGCGGGUGUGCGAUACAAACUAUGGGCAUUGGAUACCGGAUUUGAUAGAGUGCAAAAUAAAAAAAAACAAAAAUCUGCACUGCCCUGAUGACCUUUUUGAAAUUCAAAACGUUGGUAACAUUCCAAUUUGUCUAAAAAUUUCAACUGAACCUAAAGCAUUUAAUGAACAAUUUUGCUACGGCUCAAAUAUAAUUGCAAUGGACUUACAAAAUUUUGAACUAUCCAAAGUAUCUCAGUUCUUGAAAAAAAUGAAUAUAAGUGAUUUUUGGCUGCCAAUACGUCGAAAUGACGAGCUAAUGCCUUAUGAAGUACGUUUGCCAGGAAAAUCUUGGAGAAAAGAAAUAAAUAGGAGCUUAAUACAUUUACAAAAUAAUCCCAACGAGCACUGUCUGAAGCAUACCAUAAAUAAUCAAACUCCAGCUGACUUUAAAAGCCAAAUAGUAUCUGUUGACUGCAACGCUUUCUUGAAUGCAGUUUGCAUUUUUAAGUCGGAACUGAUAUCUAAUGCUGGAUGCCCGAGCGGCUUCGGAGCUUUAGUCUAUCAACCGGCAGUAUGUUAUGGUAUUGACUGGAAUAAUACUACUUAUGAACCCCUUGAUCUAAAAGAGUACUUAAAAAAACGAAAUUGGCUAAGACGGAUAUUAGCAAAGUAUGUAUUAAAGAAAAAUCGACACGAAUUUUUCAAAAUUGAUUUCUUUAUUCACCACUCGACAAAAAUGGAAUAUGUUAUCAAAAUGAGUCUAUCGGAAGAUUUCCAAAUUGUUAGCAAAGGCUUGAAAUGGAUUCCAACUUUAAGCAAACAAAUUGUGAAGUCAAGUAGUGCUGUUGAAAUGGUAUUGGAAAUAGAUCACAGAUCUAAAGGGGUUAGAUUGGUGAUUUAUAAUCGAAAGUAUUUGUGGAAAAAUAACAACUCUUAUGUUGGUGUUAAAUGUUUUGCACUUUUAAAAUAUGGCACUUUAAAAAAUGUCAGGUUAGACCUUAUUUGGGAGAAUCAAGAACAAUCGUAUUCAAUACUUAAAGUCAAUAUAGUUUCAAGCUAUCGCACCGAAUAUUGGUGUGAAGGUCACAGCAUUUUCGAGUUUCAACUGGUUUCCACCCGGUUAUUUGUAGAUGUUAACAGGAGCAUAGCGCCUGUAUUUGUUUUACGCUGGAACGUUUCAUGUAUAAAUGCAAAUUUUGCGUAUAACUUGUGUGACGAAGUAACCGAUAAAAAUUUAAGAAAGCUAAUAGAAAGUGUAUAUGGAAACAACAAUCUGGGUAAUCUUCUCAUAUACGACGUUCGAAUAAUGAAUAUAGAAUGGAUCAAAAAUAUGUGCGUUGUGUUUUGGAUUCAUAUUACUGCGACUCUGAAAUCAACAGCUUCAACUUAUCACAAGGAAAUUGCCUUCGUGGACAAUACGCCGCGAAUUCCAAAAGACUUUGUUGCCUUUAUGAAAGUUAAAAUUACACUAAGCAAUUUUUUUUUAAAUUUCAUCAAGAAUUCUACUUAUCUCCUACGUAGUACAGAUUAUUGCUUUUCAGAGCUUUCAUUCUCAAACGAUGGGAUGCACCUUUGGUGGACUACAACGCGCAUUGGUGAAAUCGCUAUGACAAAGAAAUUGUGUAUUCAAAAAGAUGGCAUGCCCUAUACGCGAUUAUGUUUAGGUGAUUUUGUUCAUGGCGCAUAUUGGAAAAAAUUAACACAACCAGUCGUAUGUGAAAGUCCCAAGAAUAAUACCAAAGUAUUGCAUGAUUUGCAAGUUGCCAAAAUGUUUAAGUCCCCACCCGAAAAAGUUUUAAAAUAUUUAAAAGAUAUAAUUGCAAAUAGUAAAAAUAGUAUAGUCCCAGCUGACAUAUUCCUUAUUUAUAAAAUUUUUCAAUCAGUGCAUGAAAUCCAUUCAUCAAAUUCUGAGUUUCAACAGACAACUAAAGACUUAACUAAUUGGAAGAAUGCCAUCUAUGAGAUAUUCGAUAUAUACAAUGUAUUAAUAGGCCUUGACUCUAAAGUUAUAAAGAUGUCUGCUGAGCUAAACGCAACAAAUAUGUUUUUGAAAUCGUUUGAAAUGUUAUUUGACACUUUAUCUUUAAAUAAUUUAUCUUUUACUCAAAUAGAUAAUGGUGAAGAACAUUUAAAUGAUUUCAACAGCGAAACGAUUGACUAUGAUGAUAUAGGAGUAUCAGUAUAUGUUUCAAAAUAUAUUUUAUAUUUUUCAAUUAUUCCAAGUAUUGCCAAUGUUUCUGGAAUAGCAUUGUUUGCAAACAAUAAUAAAAAAAAUACACCUACAAAACUAAAGGGAGCAUUUAAAAAUGAACAUUACCGUUUUCUUCAAGUAAAUCAUAACAUAAAUGAUGUUGUUAAUGAACCUGACUUAGAGCUUGCUGCAUAUUUACCAAUAGAACUAAUAGACACCUUGCAAGCUUCAACCAAUAAGACAAAUGACGUUAUUGUUGUUAUUAAGGUAUACUCAAAUGAUGAACUUUUUCAACAAUCUGUUAGGAAUUUAACACUAUUAAGCCGAGUAGUUUCUAUAUCAUUACCUGGGUAUAGUUCAUUUCUUCCUGUACCUGUGCCACUUAUCUUUCGCAAAUCCAAGAACAAGAAGGUAAAUCCGCCAGGUUCCUGUUUAGUCUGGAACUAUGAGGGAUGGAUCGAUGGUUAUAGUAUGUUAAGCUAUUUCGAAAAUAACGAAGGUAUAGCGCUAUGCCGUUUAAGGCGUUUGGCACCAACUGGAUAUUUCUUGGAGAAAAAAAUUUCCAUCGAAAACCAUAUAAUAAAUCACGAUUUAAGAAUGAGUAAUACAAAGUUAAAUGGAAAUAUUAUUUAUGUUAUUUUACUUUCUUGUUGCAUACUGAUGUUUAUAGGAUUUUUGUUUUGCAAGUGCAUAUUUAGACGUUUGUAA